AUGGGGCCGGAGGCGCUGCGGCAGCGGGCCGUGCGCUGGGCGCUGCUGGCCGCCUUCGCGGCCGGGGUGCUGGUGGGCUGGCAGGCCGGCCGUGCCCGCCGCCGUUUCCUCCGCUGGCGCCAGCGCCGCCUCCAGCGCCGUCUCGCCGCCGCUCAGGAGCAGCUGGAGGCGGCGUGAGCCGAGGAGAGCUCUCGCAGCCUCGCCUCGGUGGAUGUGGUAUGAGCAGAACCGGAUUCGUCCUCCCCACCGCUCCCGCCACGCCGCUGUCGGAGCCGGUUUGCAAAGGGCUGGUGAAAACGGCGUCGAAGCGCUGCUGGGAAAGGACAGCAUCCGUGGAAUAGCAAGGCCUUCUCUCCUGUCCUUCAGAAGACAGGAUCCCGAGCCGCGUCGGACUAACCCAACAAAAUACUGAGGACACAGGAACGCUGCCGCCAGAUGUAUUUCCGUAUUUCAAAGGGUUGUCUGUACUCGUCUUGCGUUAAGUCUGCUACUGAGGUACGCUGCUCUGCCCUUGCCAGGGAGCGCUGCUGAUACAUUAAACUAGCAAAAGUCA